UCCUCCUCUUGGGAUGUCCGCAACUAUCUCUCUCUCUCUUUACAAUUUCAUGUAUACCUUUUUAAACUUGUAUAAAUAGCAGCAAAUAUGCAGCAACAACUCCCUUGAAGUUGAAGUUGAACAACACUCCUUUCUGUCUCACUUUCUCUCACUAAAAAUAGUAAAAAUCACACGUCAUCAUAUUCAUAUUCAUAGUCAUAUAUAUCCAUCUGUGUUGUGUGUGUGAUUUAGCAGUAGCAUAUAUGGCAGAGAUAGACUACCAAAACAAAGCAUGCAACAAUGGCCCCUUAAAGCUAUUCGGCUUCAACAUGAUGAUAGAAGACCAAGAAGAGAACACCUCCAAAUCGCCGUCUACUUCGCCGGAGUCCGGUGAUUUCCCGGCCUCCGACGGGCGGAAGUACGAGUGCCAGUAUUGCUGCCGCGAAUUCGCGAACUCGCAGGCCCUCGGCGGCCACCAGAACGCCCACAAGAAGGAGCGGCAGCAGCUCAAGCGCGCGCAGCUGCAAGCCAGCCGCAACGCCGCCUCCUCCUACAUGCGCAACCCCAUGGUCUCCGCCUUCGCGCCGCCGCCGCACCUGCUCGCCGCGCCGUCGUGGGUCUACGUGCCGCGCCCGGCGGUGGUGGCGCAGCCCUUCCAGGUGUCGCACGGCUGCGUCUUCCCCGCUCCGAGAGGAGAGCCGAGCCACGGGCAGCAGCAGAAGCCCAUGAGGGCCCACGGAGGGAGGCUUGAUGGGCCGUCUCUGAGUAGAUUCUCGAGGGUUGAAGAUGGGCCGGGCUUUCAUGAUGGGUUUGGGGUGGAUUUGCAGCUCAGCUUGGCUCCGGCCGGCUCCUGAGAUCGGACUCGGAUUAGAUCUGACUAGUCACCUAGAUACGAACAAGCCCUGUGCUUUGGUAAUUAUAUUUAAUUUAAUGGACUAUCUGCCCAUGUAGUUUUUAUUUUUGUAUAUUUUUUUUCAGAUUUAUUUUAGUGGAAAAAUUUCUCACUAGCAUGGAUUCCUUUGGGAUUUUGUGAUUCA